ACAGUUUUGAUCACACGCUAAUCGUCAAGCAACAGCACGCCUAUAAAGCCGUUGGUAUAAGCGCGAAAGGACAAGUCGGUGUGCGGUUUUGUGUAAUAAAAUUUUGUCUCGUAUAUAAUUCGAUCGUCUGAACACAAAAUUCUCAUCGAUUCGUGGUUGAUUUGUUUUUGCAUUAAUCGCAAAAAUGAACGAGACGCGGAGCUCGAAAAAGGACAAAAAUCAACAUAUACAAGUCUUCGCGAGAGUCAGGCCUAUUAAUAAUACUGAGAAAAUUGGCAAAUCUGCUACUGUUGUGGACGUCACGUCUUGCAAAGAAGUUGUCGUUCGAGAAAGACCGCAGGACAAACUUACUAAAAAGUUUACCUUCGAUCGUGUUUUUGGACCAUCAUCCAAACAAAUUGAUGUGUACAAUGCGGUCGUCAGCCCCUUGUUGGAUGAAGUUUUGGCUGGCUACAAUUGCACAGUUUUUGCUUAUGGACAAACUGGCACAGGAAAAACUUUUACGAUGGAAGGAUGCAGCAAUGAUCCUGCUCUUCAUUGGCAAAGUGACACUCAAGCUGGAAUAAUACCUCGCUCUUUGAGUCAUCUCUUUGACGAAUUGCGCACUUUGGAUGCUCAAGAAUAUUCUGUAAGAGUAAGCUUCCUGGAGCUGUAUAAUGAGGAACUGUUUGAUCUUUUGUCACCCACUGACGAUGCUUCUAAAAUACGAUUGUACGAAGAUGCAUCCAGAAAAGGAGCUGUUAUUAUUCACGGUUUGGAGGAAGUUACAGUCCACAACAAAACCGAGGUGUAUAAGAUUCUCGAAAAAGGAUCGGAAAAACGUCAAACGGCAGCGACAUUGAUGAAUGCUCAGUCGAGUCGUUCUCACACAGUAUUCUCCAUUACGGUACACAUAAAAGAGAAUACAGUUGACGGUGAAGAAUUGUUGAAAACGGGAAAAUUGAAUUUAGUGGAUUUGGCUGGUAGUGAAAACGUCGGUAGAUCUGGAGCUGUCGAUCGUCGAGCCCGAGAAGCUGGUAACAUCAAUCAAUCUUUGCUCACUCUUGGUCGUGUUAUUACAGCUCUCGUGGAGCGAGCACCACAUAUUCCAUACCGCGAAUCCAAAUUGACGAGACUCUUACAGGAGUCUUUAGGAGGAAGAACAAAGACCUCGAUAAUCGCGACGAUUUCACCAGCCAGUGUUAAUCUCGAAGAGACCUUAUCCACUCUGGAUUACGCGUAUCGUGCCAAAAAUAUCACGAAUCGACCGGAAAUCAAUCAAAAAUUAUCCAAAAAGGCACUGCUCAAAGAAUAUACUGAAGAAAUCGAGAGACUGCGUCGCGAUUUGCUCGCUACUCGUGAACGCAAUGGGGUUUAUCUCGCGCAAGAAAAUUAUAAUGAAAUGCAGUCAACGAUUGAGGUUCUUGGCAAGGAAAUCGAGGAAAAGAUUAAUCAUAUUAAAGCUUUGGAAGAUAUUAUGGUCAAUAAAGCGAAACUGUUCAGCGAUUUGGAAACGGAACUCGAACAAAAAACCAAUACUCUCUACGAAACAAAAGACCAAUUGGAAACGACGAAAACUGUGCUGCUGUCAACUAAAAAUGAUCUACUAACAACGCAGUACGACAGAGACAUUCAAAAACAUUUGGUCGAAAAACAUGUAAAUACAGAAAAAAUUCUUUAUUCUCAAGCCAAAACACUCCUCAAAGUCGCCGAUAUCGCAACCGAUGAUACUUAUAAGCUCCACGAUAAAAUAUUUCGCAAAAAACGAGUCGAAGAGGAAAAUGAAAACCUUGGUCAACAGUUUCGUAAAAACAUAAGUGAUUCUUUCGAAAAUAUUGAGCAGGAUCUUUCGAUUUAUACUCGAGAUUUGGUACAGUUCUGCUUGUCCAUGAAAGAUCAGUUACACGCACAAGUCGCUGCUAAUAGCAGGGGAAUUGAUAGCACAAUCGAACUAUCAAAGAAUCUCGUAAAAGAGGAACGUUCCAUAGCCGAGGACCUUGAGAGUCGAGUUAACGAAUCGUACGACGAAUACAAAAAAUUGAUCGAGGAACAUGUGAACGCUGCAUCAGGAAUGACGAAAGAGCAAAUAUCUAUUCUCCGUAAUAAUGCGUUGAAUCUCGCACCCAGAAUUCGUGAACUAUGUGAGAAUAAAAUAGCCGAAAAUUUACGUUUGGUAAACGAGCAAAACGCCAAAAAAUUCGAAUGUUUGUUAACGUACGUCAAAGAUUCGACGGACACAUUGUGCGAAAAAUUAUUGACUGAUCGUGAUCGGUUGGCAGCAAGUAUCAAAGAGAUCAGAAGAUCCGUCGAGACUUCAAAAGACGAUCAGCAGAAUCUUUUGAAAAGUCAAAAUGAAUUUUCAAAGGCGUUUGAAGGACUGUGGAAUCAUUAUAAAACUCUGAAGACGCAACAAGAGGAUAACUAUGCGGCGAUAACACAUUCGUUGGAUCAAACUACAGCGGUUUGCGACGAUAUUUGUAAACGUUCCACAGAUAUUUGCGACAAUCAAGUCAAGUUCCAGAGGAAAUUCGAAAAAGAAAUUCACGGCAGCGUCGGCGCGAUCAGAGAAAUUAUUGCAUCGAAUCUUGACAAAAAUUCGGGCAUAGCACUCGAGUCAAUCGAAAAGAGCAGAGCACUUGUGAAGGACCUAGAAACUGGUAUCGACGUGAAUUGCGAAGCCCUUGAUAAAUAUCAAUUUGUCGUAGAAAAUAAUGCACAAAAAAUGCAAAAGAGAACGGAAGAAGAUCGGACUUCGCUUCUUGCAAAUACAAACAAACUCCGUAAAAUUGUAUCAGACGCAAGCGUAACUCACAUAGAAAUGAGCGAAAAGCAGCGAAGCAACAUGACAAAUUCGUCCACAGAAAUCUGUCGAAAGUUUGAAGAUCAAGGAGUGAAAUCGACAGAAUGGAAUAACCGAAUAACUGCUGAAUUGCACACAACGAAACAUCAAGUUGACAAAUUUUUAAUUGAAGAUCUUCGUCGCGAUAUGCCAACCGGUUGUACACCAGCCAAAAGAGAAUUUCAGUAUCCACGAAAUUUGGUUACAACUUCACCACACGAGCGAAUUAUUCGAAGAUUUCGAGAAAUGAGAAAACAGUCCGAAGAAUCUGAAGACGAGCAGGAUUCAACAAUAGUGAGCGGAGAUUCUACAUUGAAAAUACAAUCCGGAAGUCCGAAUCGUAAAAGCUCGACUCCAUCGUCAGCAAUCAAAGACCGAAAAACUUCGACUCCAAACGAUCGAUAUGCCGAUUGUAAUGAUUCAGUCAAUCCAUUAAUCAAAUCUGCUUCAACUUCAGACUUGUCUUUCAUAGCUAAAAGACCAUCAUUCGACACGAGUGUACACUCGGAAUCCGAAAUAUACACAAAGAACAACAACAAAGAGAAUGGAAACGAGGAUUUCGCAAAACCCGAAAAAAGGAUACCGGUAAAGCGUUCAUCGAAAACGAAAACGAAUUCACGUAGAGUGCUGGGAAGUUACAAUUAAACGAGAAAGCCGAAAGUACGUGGAGAGAUGGUAGGCUUAAAAAAAUAAAUCACUCAUAAAGAAUUCGUGUGUCUCACCGUUUGAAAAUGUGGGCUAUGUGUUACUGUUACCCAAUUAUCAUAAGGUACACAUCCUAUUCACGAACGAACAAAAAAAUCCAUUUUUUAUAAAUAUUUACAACAUAAUAGAGGCUGAAGAAUUGAAAAAAAACAUUGAAACAUAAUUUGAAAGUGUGGAAUACUAUUUUAACUCACAACGAUGUAUAAUUGGGAUAAAUCGAUUCGAGGUGGAGUUUUCACAAUGUUUUAAAUACUUAUAAUCUAUAUAUAUAUAUAUAUAUAAAAUUAGAAACAUAUAUAUAUAUAUAUGUAGAAAAUAAUGAAUAAAACGCGUGGCGUUUGUAUGCACGACAAGAGAAAUUUUUAACUUUUUCCAUGAAAACAUUCAUAUGACGUAUGUUAAAAAAGAUUUUUUUUUAUUGAUAGUAUAUUAUUUUUUAUAACCUUGUAAAAUUACAGAUAUGUACGCGUUUUAAACUCUCAUUCAAGAAUUUCGAAAUGCAACUUCAACACAAUUCGACGUUCGAGAAUAAUCAGUCUGCGAUUGAUUUUGUUUGUUUGUUUCUUUUCUUUUUUUUUUUUCUUUUCAUUUACGCAAGAGCAUAUACGAAUGAUGGAAAAUAAAAAAUUAUAUAAAUAUAAAGAAACGAAAUAAAAAAAAAAAAAAAAAAAAAAAAAAAAUAGAAUAACUUAGUGACUAAAUUCGACCUUGCAAUUUACAAUUGUUUUAUCUGCAAUUCAUAAGAUAACAAAGAGAAGAAAAAGAGAAAUACUAAAAAAAAAAAAAACAAUCUGC